ACGAGGACGGAGAUGGAGGAAGUCAGUAGGAUCCCACGUGUCAUACUCACACCCGAAUUUUAGAUAAGAUCGGCCGCUUCGCUUCCCCCCUCGAAUUCAAGCUCAAGCGCUUAAUACGAAUCUGGCUGCCAUGGAGCUCUCCGGCGAUGCCGCCGUCGUCUCCGGCUCCGGCAACCGCAAGCGCAAGCGCCAUGUGCAGCAGCACUCCCUCGAGUACCCCUGCGUGUCGCGGCUCCGCCACCGUCGCCUCCUCGCCUUCCUCAGCCGCCACGACUACGACUCCACCUUCGACGCGCUGGUGCAGGAGACGUCCGUGCUCUUCCGCGUGGGGCACAUCCAGGCGCUGGUGAGGCAGGGCCGGUGGGCGGACGCCGCCAGCUACGUCAACCGCUUCGUGCCGCCGUCUCGCGUGCUCACCGAUGCCGGCCUGGUCUUCCACGAGUUCCUCUACAUCCACCACGUCCUCGACUGCAUCGUCGCCGGCGACCACUUGCGGGGCGCUCAGGUGGCCGCCAGCUACCAGCGCCACGUCAGGGACAACCCCAACCCCUCCCAUGGCGCCAUCAAGCUCAUACGCAUCCUCCUCACCAUUCUCCACUGCCAUCCAAUCAGGGCGUUCCUCAACUGGCAUCUGGUGAGGUACAAGGCGGCCGAGAUCAUCAAGGACUUGAUCCCUCAGAUCCCCGAGUUCAACGACCUGCUAAAGCUACCGAAAGGUGGCCCCAUCAAGCCACACAACAUCCUCCCCAUUGGGUCCAGUUCUCAUCGGAGGCGCCACGUGAAGAAUGAAGACCGGAUUCCACCUGAUAUUGCCCGCUUCUAUCUUCAGAAGAAGAGAGGGCUGCCCUCUUCUACUAUCUGUCAGGAGAGAUAUUACACAGGAUUAUCACGUAAUGCAGCAAACUGGCUUGCAGAUAUCAUCGACAAAUCUUUGCAAGCUGGUGUGCUGCGUGAUGGAUAUCCAUUUAAACACUCCUGUAACGAAGGUGUUACUGGUGCUCCAAUUGGUUUGGAUAGUCCUGCUAACAGUUAUGGGAUCUCAACACAAACUAUUGCAGACAUGAUGCGUCCGUUGAUCAUUAGUGAUAUCGGUCAAGGUUCAGUUGCAAGAAACAAUCCAACAAGGCCAGAAACAACUGCUCACCAAGCGAUUAGUCCAACAACGCAACAGAUAACUACGGAGUUUGUUCAACAUUCAGAAUCACAAUUUCAAGAAUACAACUCCCAGAUGGAUGGAAGAGUCAGAAUUGUUGAAAGUGGCAUGAAAAGGUCGCGUUCCUUCGGUGGUGGUUGCAGCUCAUCCGUUGAAAUUUCGAGUUGAUGACUUCUUUAGCCGGACUGGCCGGAAGAAUGACCAGUUCAGUGACUUGGGUUGGUGGUUUCGGUGUUCUCUUGUGCUUCUCAUCGAGGGGAGACUUAAUUGAAUGAGUUAAGGGAGCUGUUAGAAUAUUUAGUUAGUGUAGUCUAUGUCAAUUUUUACCAUUUUUAGAACAAUCACAAUUUGUGGCUUGGAUAUACUGGUUUCGCUUUUGUCUUAAGCCCUAUAGGGCGUUUUCUUGUGGCGUGGAAUUAUCACUCCAUAUCCUUUAAUAGACCGUCAGUGAUGAAUACUGCCACUCACAAAAUUACUUUUUAUGCUACCAUUUAAAUGAGAUCAUUGUUAUUCUUUGCCUCCCA